AUGGCGCCGACACGGACAGUAAAGAACAAGCAUGCGGCCAACAGGUCGGGCAUCAAAGGCAGCAAGGCGUCCAAGAUGACGCAUUCGGAUGGCGUGGUCAAGUCGAAGAAACCGCAGGGCAAAUCAUCGACUGGCGUGCAGCUCGGCGCCGGACGGUCCAAGAUGAUGGAGCUGCUGAAGAAGAAGAGAAAGGGCCGGGUAUUCAGCGAGAAGGAGCUGGACAUUCCUAAGCUCAACACGAUCACGCCCGUGGGCGUGCAAAAGCCCAAGGGCAAGAAGAUCGGCAAGGUGUUCGUCGACGACAGGGAGAGCAUGACGACCAUCCUGGCGAUGGUACAGGCCGAAAAAGACGGGCAGAUCGAGUCAAAGAUCAUGAAGGCGCGGCAGAUGGAGGAGAUCCGGCAGGCACGCCUAGUCGAGGCCGAGAAGAAGGAGUCGGAGCGCAAGUCCAAGCUCGAGGACACCAAGGCGUCGCUGCGCAAGAAGCGCAAGCGGAACGUCAAGGGCGCGGACGGUGACGACACCAGCGUCAACACGAUGGCAUCCGAGGGCACCAAGGCGACCAAGGCGAAGAAGAAGCGGGUGUCGUUUGCAAAAGAGCCCGAGACGGACGGCUGA